GUUUUGGAGGUGCCAUGUCGGGCCGGGAAGGUGGCAAAAAGAAGCCCCUGAAACAGCCCAAGAAGCAGGCCAAGGAAAUGGACGAGGAAGAUAUGGCUUUCAAGCAGAAACAAAAAGAGGAGCAGAAGAAGCUCGAGGAGCUAAAAGCCAAGGCCGCGGGGAAGGGACCCCUGGCCACAGGUGGAAUUAAGAAAUCUGGCAAAAAGUCAGCUGUUCCUCAUAUCUGAGAUGAUGGUGACCUUCUUCCAUUCCUAUUUAAACAUCUGGAUUCCCUACUAUAACAUCAUUGCCACCUACAGUUAGAAUGAAGUGUUAUCCUGGAGCCUGUUGUAUAUUGUAAUAAACUUUUGUAAAAAAAAAAUAUU